CAAACACUCCAUUUAGAAGAACAUGUGCAUAACAUCAUGCCGACAAUACUAGCUUCAGCCAUUUCCAAAUCAUCUUCGCCAUGAAGACAUCAUGCUUUUCCAUCUUUCUCUUCUGUGCGGCGCACCAAAGUUCUGCGCGGUACCUUCGAAAUCAGGGGGGAAACGAUGUGAUCCCUGGCCAGAAUCCGUUGCAACUUGUGCCUGCAGACGGAUCCACUUUGGUUCAGAGCAAAGUCGACAACGUUGACGCUGAUGGUCCGUGGAACAACGACCUCGUCCUCAACCAAUUCCAACUUGCCGAUAGCGACCCGCCUCUCGCCAACGUAGAUGACCUUAAAGAGCAACUCACCGAGCUUCCUGAUCCAAUCCUCUUGAUUCAAGUGGAAGAAUUAUUCCAGAGUCCUUCCAGCGAUGCUGAGUCCUUCUCUGCUCGAGAUGAAGUCGACGUGGGUGCCCUCCUUGACGACAUCCACGAUGUUACGGAUGACUUGCUGGAUGCCAGCGACAUCGUCUCAGAUGCCGACGAAGUGCUCGUUCAGAGUCCGCCCAACGAGGUGGUGGCCUUGGCUGCCGAAGAUGAAGUCGACGUGGGUGCCCUCCUUGACGACAUCCACGAUGUUUCGGAUGACUUGCUGGAUGCCAGCGACAUCGUCUCAGAUGCCGACGAAGUGCUCGUUCAGAGUCCGCCCAACGAGGUGGUGGCCUUGGCUGCCGAAGAUGAAGUCGACGUGGGUGCCCUCCUUGACGACAUCCACGAUGUUUCGGAUGACUUGCUGGAUGCCAGCGACAUCAGUCCGCCCAACGAGGUGGUGGCCUUGGCUGCCGAAGAUGAAGUCGACGUGGGUGCCCUCCUUGACGACAUCCACGAUGUUUCGGAUGACUUGCUGGAUGCCAGCGACAUCGUCUCAGAUGCCGACGAAGUGCUCGUUCAGAGUCCGCCCAACGAGGUGGUGGCCUUGGCUGCCGAAGAUGAAGUCGACGUGGGUGCCCUCCUUGACGACAUCCACGAUGUUUCGGAUGACUUGCUGGAUGCCAGCGACAUCGUCUCAGAUGCCGACGAAGUGCUCGUUCAGAGUCCGCCCAACGAGGUGGUGGCCUUGGCUGCUGAAGAUGAAGCCAACGUGAGCAGUUAUAAUAUUGAAACGGUUGAAGAGGCAGCUGAGCCCUCACGCUAUGACAGUAGCAUUGAACUCGUGGAUGUGUUGGUUGACGAUCAAGAUACGGCCGUGGUUGACGUUUUGGAGGACGGGUCGGAGGGGGCAGAUCUGCUAUCAGGGGACGCUGAAGUCGAUGCAGACGGUGAUGACGUGGCCAACUAAGUAGUCGACGCAGGCAGUGAUAUAUAGUAUAAGCCCCAAUCGGGUAUUUACAGGGAGUUUCAUUUUUUAA